AUGGCAGGUGAGAGAAGAAAGUCCGCCAUUCAUGGGGUGAGCAUCCGGCAGCUGGUGGAGGAGAUCCCCGAAGGCGGCAGCACACCAGACUUCCAGCAGAAGCCCGUCGCCUUGGCGCUGCAGGAAGGGAAAAAUGCCAUCUUUCGGGCCGUGGUCUGUGGGGAGCCCAAACCUGAGGUGGGUUGGCAGAGCACCAAAGGUAACCUCAGGAACUCCAGCAAGUACCAGAUCUCCUCCUCCCCCUGCAGCAACGAGCACGUGCUACAGAUCAACAAGCUGACGGGUGAGGACUCGGACCUUUACCGCUGCACCGCAGUGAAUGUCUAUGGAGAGGCCACGUGCUCCACGAGGCUCCUGGUCAUCGAAGUUGGCUUUCGGAAGAAUCGGAAGAGGCACAAGGAACCCCAGGAGGACCUCAGGAAGGAGCUGAUGGACUACCGAAAUCUUCUGAAAAAGAGGGCCCCGCCUCCCACUAAGAAAAAGGUGGACCUGGAGCAGGUGUGGCAGCUUCUGACGACGGCCGACCGCAAGGACUACGAGCGGAUCUGCCUGAAGUACGGCAUCGUGGACUACCGGGGCAUGCUGCGCAAACUCAAGGAGCUGCGGAAGGAGCACGAGGACAAGAUGGCGCAGUACGUUAACGCCGUCUCCAACUUGAGACACAUCAGGGUCAGCAAGGAGGGGGUCGCAACAUUUGAUCUGGAGCUGGAUCUCAAGUAUUCCGGGAGCAAGAUUCACCUGUAUAAGGAUGGUGAGAUGAUCCCCUACAGCUUUGAUAACCAGACCAAGCACUGUCUGCGGCGGCUGGGGAAGCGCUACCAAUUCCAGAUCCGGGACCUGCAGCCUGAGGAUGCCGGCAUUUACCACGUCAAGGUGGAGGAUGCCGAAAUCUUCUCCACGGAACUGGAUGCUAGCGCCAUCCCCUCCAGAGUGGUGGUCCCGCUGGCUGAGGCGCACUGUGAAGAGCAGGGUGAUGCUGUCUUCGAGUGCAUUCUCUCCAGCCCCUGCCCCAACGCCACCUGGAAUUUCCGGCACCGGCCACUCCAGCCCAGAAACAAAUAUGAAAUGUUUGUGUCCCCUGAUGGGCUGACCCACAGGCUGGUGGUAAGGGGGGCCCAUUUCUCAGACAUGGGCCCCUACUCACUGGGCACUGGGUUCCACAGUUCUACUGCCUGGCUGGUGGUUGAAGCAGGGAAGGAUAGAAAUUUUCUGAUUGCAAGUGCUGACCAUCAGCUGCAAGCCCGGAGAGGUGGCCUGGAGGGCAGGUCAGACAUCUACAGCCACGGGAGGGAUGCCACCCAGAGUCCCAGAUCCAGAUACAAGCCUGGCACUGGCGGUUUCUCCAAGGAGGCCCAAGGCCCCCAGGGCCACUUCUCCCAGGGCCUGGCUGACACGGAAGUGCAGCAGGGAGAGGAUGCCAUGCUCUCCUGUACCCUCACCCACGACCUGGGCCCGGGUGCCUGGUUUAAAGAUGGAGUCAAGCUCAGCACCCAGGAUGGAGUCGUCUUUGAGCAAGACGGUCUCGUGCACAGUCUCCUCAUUGCCCAUGUGCAAGGGACCCAGGCUGGGAGGUACACCUUUGUAGCCGGCAACCAGCGGAGCGAGGCCACCCUGAGUGUCCACGAUCGGCCCGUCAUUGCUCCUGGUGUCACAGAGAAACUGAGAGAGCCGCUGGUGGUCAAGGCUGGGAAGCCGGUGACAGUGAAGAUCCCCUUCCAGAGCCACCUCCCAGUUCAGACUGCCUGGAAAAAGGACGGAGCCAAAGUGGUGGGCAGCAGCAGCCCCCGGGGGGCACAGGUGGCCCUGGGGGACGGCUUCACUCGGCUGUGCCUCCCUAGCGCUGGCAGGAAGGAUGGUGGCCGGGACAGCGUGACACUGAGGAGCGAGGGCGGCUCUGUGCAGGCUGAGCUCACCCUGCAAGUUAUAGACAAGCCCCAGCCCCCACAAGGUCCCCUGGAGGUACAGGAUCGCCAGGGGGCUGGGGUCUGCCUCCACUGGCGGCCCCCAAAGGACAGCGGGGGCCGGGCCGUGGAGCACUACGUGGUGGAGCGGCGGCAAGCUGGCCGGAGCACUUGGCUGAAGGUGGGCGAGCCCCCCGCAGACAGCACGGCCUUCACCGAUGCCCACGUGGAGCAGGGCAGGAAAUACACCUUCCGAGUGCGGGCUGUGACCUCUGAGGGGGCUGGGGAGGCCCUGGAGUCCACAGAGGUGCUGGUGGCUCCUGAAGCUCUCCCUGGGCCCCCUUCAAGCCCAGCCAUCCAGUCGGCCUCCAGCCAGGGCAUCACGCUGAUGUGGACGGCACCUCGGGGCCCUGGCAGUGCCCACAUCCUGGGCUACCUGAUCGAGAAGCGCAAGAAGGGGAGCAACACCUGGACAGCAGUGAAUGCCCAGCCUGUGCCUGAGAGGAGGUGGACCGUGGCAGAUGUGUGGCAGGGCUGUCAGUAUGAAUUUCGGGUCACGGCUGUGUCUCCCUCUGGUCCCGGAGAGCCUGGGCCCCCAUCGGAUGCCGUCUUUGCUCGGGACCCCAUGAGACCCCCUGGGCCCGUGCGGGACCUCCAAGUCAUAGACACGUCGCACACCAGCAUCACCUUGAGCUGGGCGCAGCCGGAUGCACAGGAUGGGGACACAGCCCAGGGAUAUGUGGUGGAGCUGCGCGGCUCAGACAGUCUGCAGUGGAGUCCCUGCCACGAGGGCACCGUGCCAGUCACCAGCUUCACAGCCAUAGGGCUUCGGCCCCAAGAGAGCUACUUCGUGAGGGUGACAGCAGUUAACGAUGGGGGCCUUGGCCAGCCCACCGCCCUGGACACGUUAGUGCAAGUCAUGCCAGUUGCCGUCCGUCCCAAGUUCCUUAUGGACUCCAGCACAAGGGACUCGCUGAUGGUCAGAGCUGGGGACACCAUUCGUGUGCCGGUCUCCUUUGAAGCUGUCCCCAUGCCUGAGGUGACUUGGCUGAAGGACGGCUUGCCCUUGCUUAAAAGUAAUGUGACCUCCACCAAGGAUGGCCUCACCCAGCUUCUGAUUCCUGUGGCCAGCUUCUCAGACAGUGGCCUCUACACUGUGGUGCUGAGGAACCUGCAGGGCGGGGAGGCUGCCUACCGCUUCUCCCUCAGGGUGGCAGCAUGCCCGAAGGCGCCUGGGCCCAUCCAUCUGCAGGAGAACGUGCCCGGGACAGUGACGGCCGAGUGGGAACCUUCUCCAGAUGAGGCUGGGGUUGUCCCCCUGUACUACGAGGUGCUGACGCGCUCCUCAGCGCACGGGUCCUGGCGCCAGGCGGCCGACCGCGUGCACACCAACCACUUCACCCUCCUGGGAGUGCUCCCUGGCCACGAGUACCACUUCCGGGUGGUGGCCAAGAACGAGCUGGGGGCCAGCCUGCCCUCAGACACCAGCCAGCCCUGGUGCAUCCCCCGGCAGCGAGACAGGUUCCCAGUGAGGCGUCCAAGCUACAGGGAGCCCAACCUGAGCCAGAAGCCCCGGUUCCUGGUAGGCCUGCGGACCCACCUGCUGCCGCAGGGCUGUGAGUGCUGCAUGAGCUGUGCCGUGCAUGGCUGGCCGCGGCCCCACGUCACCUGGUUCAAGGACGGCCAGAGCCUGGCGGGAAACCCCGCGGUGUACAGCACCGACGUGCUGGGCGUGUGCUCCCUCAUCAUCCCCAGCGUCUCCCCCAAGGACAGCGGCCGGUACAAGGCCGUGGCGGAGAACGCACUGGGCCAGGCCGUCAGCACCGCCACCCUCAUUGUCACAGAAUCUAGCUCCUAG